AUGGACGGCCAGCAGAAUGGAGAGAGUCGCGUCAAGCGUAAACAACACCCAAGCUCUUCUCAGGACAGACCUCUGAAACAGCUCAGAUCAGAUGCUACCGCAGAUGAGCCUGCCAAUGGCUUCGAACAUGACGAUGAAGUCGAUGUUCAACCCGUGAUGCAUGCCGCAACCACAGACUCGGUCGAGUGGCAGCGUACCAUCGAAACUGUCGUCUCAAAAGUCGUCUCUAUCCAUUUCUGCCAGACGAGCGCAUUCGAUACCGACCCGGCCCUCUCAAGCGAAGCAACAGGUUUCGUCGUUGAUGCUGAGAACGGCUAUAUUUUGACGAAUAGACACGUUGUUGGUUCCGGCCCCUUCUGGGGAUACUGUAUCUUCGACAAUCACGAAGAAUGCGACGUCUACCCUGUCUACCGCGAUCCUGUCCACGACUUCGGUUUCCUCAAAUUCGAUCCCAAAGCCAUCAAGUACAUGAAGCUCGCACCCAUCGAACUCCGCCCCGACCUUGCGCGCAUUGGUGCUGAAAUCAGAGUGGUUGGUAACGAUGCUGGAGAGAAGCUCAGUAUUCUGUCUGGUGUCAUUUCAAGAUUGGACAGAAACGCCCCCGAAUACUCUGAGGGAUACUGCGAUUUCAACACAAACUACAUUCAGGCUGCCGCUGCUGCCAGUGGAGGAAGUUCGGGCAGUCCUGUCGUCAACGUCGAGGGUUAUGCUGUCGCUUUGCAAGCAGGAGGAAGACAAGAUGGUGCCGCGACCGACUACUUUUUACCACUGGACCGACCGCUGAGAGCGUUGGAACUCGUCAGAAAAGGAGAACACGUCUCAAGAGGAAGCAUUCAAACACAAUUCCUCAUCAAGCCGUUUGAUGAGUGCCGCCGACUUGGUUUGACUUCCGAGCGUGAAGCCGAAGUCCGCGCCAAAUUCCCCAAGGAGACUGGUAUGCUGGUUGCUGAGGUUGUUCUGCCCAAGGGUCCUGCCGACAGCAAGAUUGAAGAGGGUGAUGUUUUGAUCAAGGUCAACAACGAGCUCCUUACACAAUUUGUCCGCUUGGACGACAUUUUGGAUUCGAGCGUUGGAGGCCAAGUCAAGUUCCUUGUACAAAGAGGAGGCGAAGAGUUCGAAGCCACCAUUGAUGUUGGAGACUUGCACGCGAUCACUCCGGAUCGCUACGUCUCGGCUGCUGGUGCCCUUUUCCACGAGCUCUCCUACCAACAAGCCCGCUUCUAUGCUGUCACCCUCAAAGACAACGGUGUGUACUGCUGUGAAUCUGGUGGUUCCUUCAGGUUCGAAGGUUGCGAGUCUGGCUGGCUAGUUCAGUCCAUCAACAACCAGCCCACGCCUAACCUCGAUGCCUUUGUUGAAGUGAUGAAAGCUAUUCCUGAUCGCGCCCGUGUCGUCGUCACUUACAAGCAUCUUAGAGACAUGCACACUCUCAACACCUCUGUUAUUACUGUUGAUAGACAUUGGCACAGAAAGAUGUCGCUCCACGUCAGAAAUGAUAAGACCGGCCUUUGGGACACCACCACUCUUGCCAAGCAACUUCCUCCCGCCGACCCUCAGCCACAAAAGGCAAACUUUAUUCAGAUGGCCGGCGCACAACAUCCUGCUGCUGUCGACAUCGUGCGAAGCUUUGUUAGAGUCUCAGUCAGCCUACCGCUUCGUCUGGAUGGAUUCCCUAAGGGCAGAAAAAUUGGCUUUGGUCUAGUCAUUGAUGCUGAAAAGGGUCUCGUCAUCGUUUCACGAGCAAUCUUGCCAUACGACAUGUGCGAUAUCACCAUCACUGUAGCUGAUUCGAUCAUCGUUACUGGAAAGGUUGUCUUCAUGCACCCUCUGCAAAACUAUGCCAUCUUGCAAUACGACGCCAGCCUGGUACAAGCUCCUGUCAAGUCAGCUAAACUCGCAACCACACCUAUGAAGCAAGGAGAGAGCACUAUUUUCUUUGGCUUUAACCAGAACCAGAGACCAGUAGUCGCUAAGACAACUGUCACUGAUAUCACUUCAGUUGCCAUUCCAGCAAGCACAACGACUCCCAGAUACCGUGCAGUCAACUUGGACGCAAUCACGGUAGACACCAGCCUGUCAGAACGUUGCGGAAGCGGUGUGCUUGUUGCUGAGGACGGUACCGUGCAAGCUCUGUGGAUGACUUACCUUGGCGAGCGCACACCCCAAGGACGCGAUCAGUCGUACCACCUGGGCAUGUCUACCUCUGCGCUACACGCCGUUGUUGAUGAUAUCAGGAACGGCGACCGACCUCAAUUGCGUAUCCUCAACCUCGAAACACAUAUUAUGCAGAUGAGUGAGGCUCGCAUCCACGGCCUUUCGCAGGAGUGGAUAGACAGAGUCGAGAAGGAGGAUCCCGAGAGACAUCAACUUUUCAUCGUUCGCAAGGUUGAUUCUGACCAUCUCGGUGGCCUAAUGGAGGGUGAUAUUAUCCUCACUCUCAACGACCGCCUCGUCACUCGCGUCACAGACUUUGAUGUCAUGUAUAGGAACGAAUACCUGGAUGCUGUCAUCCUCCGCAAGAGGGAAGAGAUCAAGCUCAAGGUCUCGACCGUACCCACACACGAGUUUGAGACUGACAGAGCCGUUGUCUUCUGCGGUGCCGUUCUGCACCGCCCUCACCACGCUGUGCGCCAACAAAUCAAGAAGGUGCACUCGGAUGUCUACAUCUCCCUGCGCAUUGCAGGUUCGCCAGCAUACAUGUACGGCCUCGCACCCACAAACUUUAUCACACAUGUCAACGGCGUAUCCACGCCCGAUCUCGACAAGUUUGUUGAAGAGACCAACAAGAUCCCCGAUAACACAUACUUCCGCCUGAAGAUCAUGACUUUUGACAACCAACCGUGGGUUGCCACUAUGAAGAAGAACGAACAUUACUUCCCUACCAUCGAGUUCUUGAAGGACCCGGAAGAGAAGGAGGGAUGGAGACGAGUCACGUAUGAUGAGCAAGGCAAGGUCAAGGCCGGUGGCGAUUUGCCCGAGGCUGCGCAAGAGGCUGCAGUCGGUGAUGUUGAGAUGCCUGAUGAAGGACCGAUGGUCUAA